AUGGUGUUCGCUCCAGGCUGCAGCCUACUGCGGCGCCACUGGCGUUUGCAGUCUUUUUUGGAGCUGCCGGUGAAGGACUUGGAUCUCUUUGUUGCUGUCUAUGGCUACAAGUUGGCGAAGAGUCAGAUUUGUUUGCGGUUGACCGGCUCACCGACGUGUGAGAAACCUGGAAAUGAGCCUGAGGAGGUGAGGCUGCAGAAUGCCAGCAAACAGAUUGUGCAGAACGCCAUCCUGCAAGCUGUGCAGCAAGUCUCCCGGGAGAGUCGGCGGAGGGAAGAGAGAGGCAGCGGCAACCAGGGCACUUUCCAGCUGCGUGUAGGGGAAUUAACCAAGAAGCAUGAAAAGAAGUAACACAGUGGAUUGGGCUCUUGUCAUAUGCUUGGUUUCCAGCCUUCCUCUUAGUAUAGGAUGCGUCGCCAAAAUGUUGCCAGUAAAGCAAACCAAAGUGUCAUUGGCACCUAGCAGUAGAAUGAAUUCACACUAGCCCUUGGCUGAGAAGCACUGUUGUGCAAAAGUGCAUUCGACGAUUCUGUUUAUAUUCAUGCAGUGCCUCUGAAACACAGUGGGGCCAAACACGACACUGUAAUUGCAAAAGUAGUUUUGUGGAACAAUUUACUUUUAAAGUUCUUUUUUAAAAAAAUGAUUCAGCCUUGUUUAUUUACUUCUGUCUUUUAUGCAUUCUUUCUGUGAAUUUAACCAGCAGUCCUUUUUGCUGAAAUACUGAAUGCAGUACUGUGCUGUUUAUAAUAUUUAAAAAAGACAUGCUGGAAAGGUGAAGGAAUGGAGUUUCAGUCACCUUCACACAUAGAAUUGGGGGCUUUUAUAAAGUGGGUUCAGGUCCAAGAUCAAA